AUUUCGGGUCCGCGGAGUGGCGGGGGGGAGGCGGACGAGGUGGACGCUGAGGUGUGUCCCCGCUUGCCGCGACUCGAACCCCGGCUCAGGCCGGGCCGCCCUGCUGUUCUGCUCUCCGCGAGCUGAGGACGGUCCUCCGCCUCUCGGUUCCCGCUCGGGUGCCGAGUCCUGACCAGGGGCCGGGGGCCAGCGCCCCGUCCCCUGCCCUGAGCACCGAAGAUGAGCUUCCUCUUCAGCAGCCGCUCUUCUAAAACAUUCAAGCCCAAGAAGAAUAUCCCUGAAGGUUCUCAUCAGUAUGAACUCUUGAAACAUGCUGAAGCGACUCUAGGAAGUGGGAAUCUCAGACAAGCUGUUAUGUUGCCAGAGGGAGAGGACCUCAAUGAGUGGAUUGCUGUUAACACUGUGGAUUUCUUCAACCAGAUCAAUAUGUUAUAUGGAACUAUUACAGAAUUCUGUACUGAAGCCAGCUGUCCAGUCAUGUCUGCAGGUCCCAGAUAUGAAUAUCAUUGGGCAGAUGGAACUAAUAUUAAGAAGCCAAUCAAGUGUUCUGCACCAAAAUACAUUGACUAUUUAAUGACUUGGGUUCAGGAUCAGCUUGAUGAUGAAACUCUUUUUCCUUCUAAGAUUGGUGUCCCAUUUCCCAAAAACUUUAUGUCUGUGGCAAAGACCAUUCUGAAACGUCUGUUCAGGGUUUAUGCCCAUAUUUAUCACCAGCACUUUGAUUCAGUGAUGCAGCUGCAAGAGGAGGCCCACCUCAACACCUCCUUUAAGCACUUUAUUUUCUUUGUUCAGGAGUUUAAUCUGAUUGACAGGCGUGAGCUGGCACCUCUUCAGGAAUUAAUUGAGAAGCUUGGAUCGAAAGACAGAUAAAUGUUUCUUCUAGAACACAAUUUCCUUCUUGCUUCAUCUCCUGCUAGAUCUUUCUCAUUGCUAUCUUGUAUAGACUAGUGAUACAAACUUUAAGAAAACAGAAAAAGACACCCAUUAUCUGUGUUACAGAUAAAAUUGUCCUAAAGAGAGAGGGUGCCCUGAUAGCUUCAGAGUGAGACCUUGACACAGCCCAGACCGAGGACUGUGUGACCACUCUUGUUACUGUCAUUCUUGGUUGUGACAAAUAACCUGUUGACUUAUUCUUUCACUGAAGAAAGUAAUUGGAUCUAUUUCUGGUGACAGUAUAAUGGAUAUUAAGAAUUUUUAGCAAUAAUUUAUUAAUAAGUUUCCUAAACAAAUUUCUUAACAGUCAAAUCAGUUUUAUUCUCUUCCUUAUCAUUUAGAAUUUCUGUGUCACUUUAGAUAGCAUUUUAAUUUCAAGUUUGUAUGCUGAUGUUUUUAUAGAUAACAAUAUACCAUUUUUCAGCUAGGCAAGGUGGAGUACACCUGUAAUCCCAGUUUUUGGGAGGCUGAAGCAAGAUCACAAGUUCAAGGCUAACCUGGGCAACUUAGUAAGACCUUGCCUCAAAAAAGAAAAAAAAUGUAUAUUUUUCAAAAUCUUUGAUUCUGGUUAAAUGAUAUGGCAUAUAUGAAUGGGAUUGACAGAGUUAUUUUUCAGUGACAUAAUUCUAAUCUUUAUUUGGAAUUGUAUUCACAUCUAAAUAAUUAGGAGUGUACCAAAUAAUUUUUCUGUGACUUCUAAGGAUAGUCUUACAAGUUUUAAUUUUUAAAUACUUUAUUCAAAUUAAUGUUGCUUUGGCUAAGAAAAGGAAAACAAAAAAAUUGUGACAGACUUAGAUCUUCAAACCACUACUUAUGUUCAUAUUGUUAUUCAUAAGCCUUGCAAUUCUGAAUAAGAGAGUGAAUUUAGUAUUUAGUACUUCAUUAUUUUAUUUCUUAAAGAAAGUUUUUUUAUUUUUGUUUUUUUUUACUAUGACUUGACAGUUUGUAUGAGUAGUGUAGGAAUGCACUGAUUUUACACCAAUAAGAACAAGAUUACAAU